AUGAUCUACCACAACUGCCCUGUCACUCUCCAAGCCGCUCAAAACGGCGACCUCCAGAUCCUCAAACGCGAACUUUCCACCUUCACCCUCCCCGAUGCUACGAUUGGCAAGCCUCCGCCCCUUGCCAAUUUCCUCCACAGCCUCCCUUAUCGCUACAUCUGCGCCGCCGCCGACUCCGGGCAGCACGAGUGCGUCCGCUGGCUGAUUCACGACAAGUUUCCCGACUUCGUCCCGGACUUCGAUGCCCAUUGGAGCGCGCUGGACGGUGGAAUAGGCGUGUGCAGAGUGUUUUGGGACAAGUGGCCGGGCCUGCCGUGGCAGAGGAUGGGGAUUCAGGGGAAUCCGAUGGGAUUUGCUGUUCUGGGGUCCAGCUGGGACUUGGUGGUGGAGUUGUUGGGUCGGGGUGUGGACCCGAAUGAGGCGGAGGACAAAUACCAGCGCUGGACUGCGAUCCAGCUCAACAGGUCGGUGCGGACGUUUGAGAAGUGGUUCGAUGAUGUCGAAGAUGAGAUUCUGGAAUUGAUUUUUGAUCAUGGAUAUCGGAUUCCGUAUGGAGCGAAGAGACAUGGUCGGGAUGCUCUUGCGUCUCUCGUGCGAGCUCGGAGGGAAAGAAUGAGGUACAGAGCUGCCUUGGAGACGUCUUCGAGCUCCUCCUAUGAGAGCGCGGAUAUCUCGGACAGCCAGACUACCGAGGAGUGGGAUCUCGACGCUCAACUGGGAGAGAUGGCCCUGGUGAAGUCCGAGUCGGGAACCAAGUCUGAGCAAGGAAUCAAGUCUGAGCCUGAGAUGAAGUCGGAGCAUGGAAACAAGUCUGAGCCUGAGAUGAAGUCGGAGCAUAGAACCAACUCUGAGCCCGGCGAGUCGAGCAUCAAAGGCACAGUUCUACCAGAUCUGCGGGCGUCGACUGUGGAAGUGGAGGUAGCAGAAGUGCUUGAUGGCAACGAGUCUGCUUCAGAGGAGUCAGACAGCAUACUAUCGGCUUCUGAGAGCUUCGACGAUGGAGAUUCAGACUACAAGCCGUCAGACAAGUCAGAUUCACCCAUGGAGCAGUCCGAUGAUGAAAAUGAAGAUGAAGCUAUGGAGUACGCCGGCGAUGAUGAGGACUAUCAAAAGCAAGAUCUCGCUCGUAACGAAGAGUCCAUGGAAGACGAGGGCUCACUCGAUGAAGAGUCCGGAAACAACCAGGAGACGCCAGCCGGACAUCGAUCGCCAGUACCACGGCCGAGAGAAUCGGUCUGUGGUGUGCCGACGAUCAAGGCUUCCUCAUCGGAGGAAGGAUGGUCGCCUCGUCAAACUUCGCCUCGACCUGAGGAAGUAGCAGUUUUCUGGACAAGCGGUCUGUAG